AUCUGCCUGCAUCUACAAUCUACAGUGUGUGAUGAUCUUGAGCGUCUGCCUUCUGGGACCAUAUCAUUGCUCCAUUCCUAGCACGAAAGUGCUCCACUAGGCUCCAGGAGAUCGCUUGUUAGCCAUAUGCGACAGACGGAGCCUGGCCUCUCACCUUAAAAACUUGCCUGUCGUGCCUGGGAUGCUCGCCACAAACGCCCCAACACUAUAGGCCACAGAGCAGGAUGUAUCAGACCUUUAGCGGCAAUGGUCGAAGGCCACGACAAGUGAAUCUCUCCGGCAAAUCAUCGAACCCAUUUGCGUCGUCAAUAAAUAGCGGAGCUCAGCAAGCGGUAGCCUCCGCCCAACAGGACAGGAUCUUGCGCCAGCAGCGAAGAGAACGAAUACAAGCAUCGUCCCGGAUACAGAGAACAUGGCGAGGUCACCAGUCGCGGAGAAGGACGUUCGGAUUGUGGCGAGAUAUUUGGGAUCGAAAGGAAGAGCAGGAGAAUGGAGCAUAUCCAACUGAGGAGCAGUCGCUACAACAACUACGCCGCCUCUUGCUUUUCUACAAUCCUGGACAUGAGAGCAAGGAUGUGGAAAGGCUGAUUUGGUACGGUACACGUCAAUCUACUACUCAGAUCGCAUUAGGACCAGAGUCGCCAUGGCCUGCGGCAUACAGAAGUUUGCAAGCGGCCUGUCUGGCUGCGCUCAAGGUGUCACGCGACAACGACUCUGAUCGAACUCUCCUGUGUAUAUUAGCUUACGCCGCUCAGCAUGUCCGGUUUACCGGCGCCGACGCCUUGGAAUAUUAUCUGACCUUGACCGGUCUCCUUGAGAAGAACCUUCCGCUGGAUCCGUUGCAGGGCGCGAUCCUGGCACCACUUGAAGGAUCUGGUGAUGCAUAUGCUGGAUUGUCUAUUCUGUUGUCAAGGCCACUGGACACCGAGAUGUUAAGCCUGUUGAAAUCGUCGAUCGAUGCGCUAGAGCUGUCUCGUGCUCUACUGGGCGCAGUCUCAUUGGACAAAAUGGACGUUCACGCGAGACUGUGGCUCCUAGGCAACAUGAUAUACGUAACAGGUCGAUCAAGCGAUGUCAAAUUCACCAGCAUCAUCGCACGCUUGCUUGGCUCGCUGGCGGACGAUGUGGACUUUGAGGGACAGCCUAUCAAAGUGGACAACUCCAUCUUUGGUCGCGAGAUUGCAGACCUAACGACCGGCAUACCUUUGAAUACAUACCUCCAUGAAAACAUCAGUGCACUAGUCGACCAGCAGUCUGUCCGCAACUUAAUCGUCAACGAGAGCACAAAGGGUGAUGGAUCCUUCGCUCAGGUUCUGGCGAGCUAUGCUCUCACGCUCCUGAGGUGCUUUCCACGCAAGGCCGAUGACAUCCGAAUGUGGCUUUAUCGUGGACCUUCUAGUUCUACUGGAGUCCCAGCUACACAAUACCUUUGGUCUAUUGCCAAAGACUCCGGUGUAUUCACAUCGAUUGCAACGACGACAAAGAAUGUUAUGCCGCUACUUAAAUCAACCAGUCCGGCCGCCAAUCUCAAGGAUGACUGGACCGUAAUCUUGGUUUUCAUGGAACUCUACACAUUCAUCCUCAAGAUCCUAGAUGAUGAAGAGUUCAUGGGCAGCAACGCCGAUGGGAAGCAAAAGAACCCGGUGGCAGUAUCCGAUAUAGUCUCAUUGGUGACUUUUCUCAAGAAUCUGGGCUUCACUCUCUAUUUUAACGCCGACGAGUUGAACGAGACAGGUUCGACCUCUGCACUUGACGUUGCAAAACACGGCCUCGGUCAUCAUUUUCGCAAUUCCCGACCCUCAGUCGUCGUUCAAGUGGAUAUCAAACCACUGGUGGUCGCCAGUAUACCUGGUUUGACGAUCGUGUACCUCAAGGGACUUGUCACGGGCCUGCUACGCGCCUUGUACGAACGAGAUUCAAGACGCCAAUUCCUUCCGAAAGACCAUUGGUUGAUGACUGAUCGAUUUGAUAUGCAGUCAUUUAUCCCAGGCGUAGUUUCUGAGGAGGAGAAACGGCAUAUGGUGCAAGAACAGGAAGACAACGAAGACAAUGGUGAUUCGGAUGAUGACUCGGAUCUAUUUGAUGACCAUGCGAACAAUGGCCGUCCUCACGACAGCCGCGCUCGUGCGCUUCGCAACCAGGAUGCGAGAGAGCGCGCCCAGCGGAAAGCCAGUCGGAAACGAUACCUGGAGUCUGUUGCGCCUCGACUGGAAAUUUUGCAGAACAUGCCAUUCUUUAUACCGUUUAAUAUGCGAGUACAAAUCUUUCGUCAAUUUGUAACCCUAGACCAGGAGAAACGACGCAAUGGGUUUGUCGAUCCGGAUAUGUGGCGUCAAAGCAUGCUGAUGCAGACGCCUAUCGGGACUGCUCCUCAGGAUAUGCUGGCAAAGCACCAUGCUACCAUCAAACGAGAACAAGAAUUCCAAGACGCGUAUCAUUCUUUCUAUGAUCUAGGCGCCGCUUUGAAAGAGCCGAUCAUGAUCACGUUCGUUGAUGCUUUCGGCAUGCCAGAAGCAGGUAUCGACGGCGGAGGCGUGACAAAGGAGUUUCUCACAAGCGUGAUCACACAAGCUUUCAACCAGACCUCUGAGACAGCUGAGAAGUAUUUCGUGGAGAAUGACAAGCAUCUCCUGUAUCCGAAUCCGGUGGCCAUGGAGGAGAUCAAUCUGCGGUUCAGUCAACAGGUUGGGGCCAAUCCUCGUGGUUCAGCAGAGGCUCCAACGACAGCGCGAGAAAUGCAGAGGGAAUUGCUGAAGCAAUAUGACUUCCUGGGCCGUGUCAUUGGGAAGUGUCUGUACGAAGGUAUAUUGAUGGAUGUUACUUUUGCUGGAUUCUUCUUGAAGAAAUGGGCAUUGACUGGCGGUACGGGCAGCGCGUCCAUGGAGUCUGGAUAUCGAGCGAGUAUCAACGACCUACGAGAGCUGGACGAAGAUCUCUACCGAGGUCUUCUAGCAUUGAAGAAUGCUGAAAAUGCCGAAGACGUCGGCGUUGUGUUUGCAGUGGAUGACACUGUAGGGCCUCCAGGGAAACAGCGGGUCAUUCAAACAGAGCUAAUCGACAGAGGCGCCGACAUUGCUGUCACCAAUGAGAAUCGUCUGGCAUACAUCAACUACCUCAGCAGGUACAAGCUUCAACGACAAAGCUGGCGCCAGACCAAUGCUUUCCUCCGCGGUCUCAGUAUGAUGAUACAGCCUUCAUGGUUGUCCAUGUUCAACCAGACGGAGUUGCAGACUUUGAUCGGAGGUGCGUCGGCGGGCAUCGAUGUUGAAGAUCUCCGGCGAAACACUGCGUACGGCGGCACCUAUGUGAUCGGGGAUGACGGAUUGGAGCAUCCGAGUGUGCAGAUGUUCUGGCGCGUCAUGCAUGACAUCGCAGACGAAGACCGCCGGAAGGUCUUGAAGUUCGUGACGUCGACACCACGCGGACCGCUGCUUGGGUUCAGCCAUUUGAAGCCCUUGUUCAGCAUUCGGGAUUCUGGAAGUGACGAGAACAGGUUCCCGACAACAAGCACUUGUGUGAAUUUGUUGAAAUUACCAGUGUACAAAUCAGAGAGCACACUCCGUGCCAAGCUGUUGGCUGCUAUCAAUAGUGGAGCAGGAUUCGACUUGUCCUAAUGAGCCAUGACAUUGUUCGAAAUAUAGAUGAUCCUGAUGAAAUCGAUUGUUGUCGUUGUAUUUCAUUACUCAUUGGUCAUGUCAAACGUUUUUGUGGAACGCCACCGUGUGGAGCACUAGAUCAAGUAUCCGCAGUUGCCUGUCGAUCGUGAGUCUGCGUGGCCCUCAAGAUAGCGCAUUACGGCACUCUUUGCCACAAGAUGGACA